UAUUGAUAUUUCUAGGUUGAUAUUGAUUUUUUAAGUUUAUACCCAGAAAACACAAAUUUUAAUUUAAUUUUUGAAGAAUCUUGCAAUAAACUCAUUGAAGUAUUGAAAGAGAGAGUAAAAGACCCUGUUAACAGACAAACUUUGACAACAUUCAAUAAUACAAUUAACGAUUUGUCAUCAGGUAAUAUUUGUAAGAUUGUUAGUAUAAAAAUAUAAAUUGUACCUAUUUAAUAUUAAAUGAUAGUUUAUUUAAAAUCUUACUAACUAAAGAACCGCUUACAACAUGGUACGAGCAAACAAGGUGAAAUUGGUAAUGGAAAUCAUGGAAAACAUAUUACACGACACAUCAAAACCGUGGACGAAUUUCUUUGGGCGUGUGGAAACGCGGACCGGCGUACCCAGGUUAAAACUCCUGAUAGGAAUUCUGCUGGUCACGUCGGUCAUCCUGCUCGUUUUUGGAACAAACGCGAUGGCGUUGAGCAACGCCAUCGGAUUGAUAUACCCAGCAAAGGCGACGGUGUCGCUAAUGAUUUCGCCCCCGAAGAGGCAGAAUUACGCUCCCGCCGCCGCCGCUGCCGAAGCCCAAAACAAAAAGUUCACGUACUGGCUUACGUUCUGCGCAGUCUUGAUCGUAGAGCAGUACUGCGGAUUCGUAUUAUUCCUAUUUCCGUGGUACUUACUGUUGAGGACAUUAUUUUUGAUAUGUUCAGAAAAUAACGUUAAUGACGAAUUUGAAACAAUAGCUAGAGAAACGGUAGAUAGGAUAAUUGAAAUAAUCGAAAACGAAAGUAUUUAG